AUGCACCAAGGAUUUGGGUUAAAAAAAGGUCAUAAUGAAAAAACUUCUAAUGAAUUUUACUUAAAUGUGGUUAAACUUAAACCACUGCAGAUUCAAAAGGCUCUACAAAAAGAGUUUUCUGAUCAUGAAAUUCAUCUUUUUGAAAUUUAUAAAGUAAUGGCAAAAUUUUAUAGUGAAAAGCGAAGAGAUAUUUCGAAUAAUGCUGCAUCUUUAUAUGAGGAUUUA